AUGGAGAAUAUCGUUGAGUCUCGAAAGGCGCACAGAACUCUCAAAAACAGACUACGUGCUAGGCGCAAGAAAUUGAAACAGAUGCCUGCAAUCCCCAUUACCGACCUCGACUCGACUGAAAUUCCGUAUCACUUUAACCUCACUCAGUGUCCGCCCACCGAGUUCGAACUUUCUCCCAGCGAGACCGAAAAGGUCUCCCUCCCUGACCUGAACUAUAUCCUCGCAGACUAUAGCAUCGCAGCCGGUCGCUCACCCCCAAACAAGGCGUUGAUACGAUCUCGCAUUGAUGUGGUUAUCCUGACAGUACUAGCUAAGGUAAAGCGCGAGUUUGCUGCAAAGCCCCGCAGCUCCAUUGCAUCAGCCUCCGCCUCACUGGAGUCUGUUCACCUGCAAGCCGCACGCGAGAUGAAAUUCGUUUGGAAAAGCGGUAGACAGCGAGUGAGACUUUCUGGCAUCGUUGACUACUCGCUUUGGUAUGGCAUGCCUAAUGACAAUCCGACCAAUAUGGUAAUGGUUAAAAUGGUAACAAGGGAUCUGUUACACUUUGGGGUGUAUCAAUGCCUGGCAUAUAUGGCCAUCAUUCACGAAACGAGGAAGCAAGCCAAGAUUCCAGAUACAUCAGUUUAUGGAAUUACGACGGACAGUUUCGAAUGGAUCUUCCUCAGCAUUCGACCGAAUGGAGAGGUGAGAAAUCUUCGUGGAACUUGUUAUAAUACUACUAAAACAUUUGCUAGUGGGCAAGACAGUCUUACGACUGGGUGCAUAGUCCGCAGGCGAUUGUCUCUCUGCUGGCCAAGAUUUUCGCCCAUGCUGCGCGUUUCGAUCCUCAAACCGGCCACAAAAGGGUGGUACCAUGGGUCUGAAACGGAGCUCUCAACUUCGCUAGGGCAGCUGAAGUCAAAGCGAGAAGAUGUUAUGACUGGAGCGUGUCAUACAGACGGCAUCUAG